AUGGCGGAGCAGGAGGACUCCGAGAGCCCUCGGCCAUCACCGGGCGGGCGGAAGAUAUCCCUGCAGAGGUAUGGGCAAGGACAGCCUGCGGGGCCGCAUCCGGUGUGCGCCCUCUGGCCUGGCCGCCGAGCCUCGCGGCCGGCUGUGCUUCGGAAAUGCUCGGCAGUGCCGCCGGGAAAGGCUGCGCCGGCCUCUCCUCACGUAGGCCUGUCCCGGGGACUCCUCGGGGCCUCUACGCCGCCCAGGCUGCUGGCCAGGCCUGUGCCCCUACCCGCUCUGGGGGGCGCCGAGGGCCCAGAGGAACGCAAGGGCGCUGUAUCAGUGUCUUUCGCCCUUAGCUCCUGCGCCCUCUCGUUUCUUGAUUCGGAAGGAAGAAAGCCUUCUCUGCCGUGGGCGUUACCGCUCCGGGACGGGGCGGUUCCAUGUGAAACGUGUAGCCAGGAGGAAGCUAAGUAUAGAUGUCCACGAUGCAUGAAAUACUCAUGCAGUCUGUUGUGUGUAAAGAAGCAUAAGCUUCUGCAGAGCUGUAAUGGAAUCAGGGAUAAAACAGCAUUUGUCUCUGUAAAUGAGUUUACUGACUUGAACCUUCUGAGUGAUUAUCGUUUCCUGGAAGACGUGGGACGGACAGCUGAUGCUGCUGCUCGACAUCCUAUUGUGCAUAGCCCAUCAACAAAAAAACUUUUAUAUGGCUUGAGAAACAGAGCUCGGAAGUGUAAUAUUGACCUGAGAACAAUGCCUGUGGGGUUUACAAAGAGAAGAGAAAAUUCGACCACUUACAAUGCCGUGGAGAAAAAGUUCUACUGGCAUUUGAAGCUUGUGUUUCCUCACUGUCAUGCUGAAUACGUUCUAAAAGGGGUUCCUGACGAUAAAACACUUGCUGAUAUCCUUAAGCCGUACAUUGAUCCAGUGGAGUCAGAUCCUGUAGUUUGUCAAAGAUUAAAAAUGUAUACAAUGUCUCCUCAGUCAGAUGUACAAAUUUUAAUGAAAAUAGAAAACAGGAAACAAAACUCUGUCAGGUACUAUGAACUGGAUGCUAGUAGAAGCCUCAUAGACAAUUUGAAAGGCAAAGUAAUAAUUGAGUAUCCAAUUUUAUUUGUGGUCUUGAAAACAUUGAAGAAUGACAUGGUGGUUCUUGGCCAAGAUACCAGUGAGUCUACAGAGAACUCGGACAGUGAAAGUUCGUCCCUUUCAUCUAUGGAAGAAGGGGAAAUUCGGGACAGUUCAUGA